AUGCCAGCGGCCGCGCUCCCUCCGGGCUUCCGCUUCAACAAGGUGGUGGCCAUCAUCGCCUUUGACCGCUUCGAGUACUUUCGGCAGGUCAUCGACGCGCUGCGGCAGGCAUGGGGCGCACACGAGUAUGUGGUGACCAUCUGGAUUGACGGCCCGCCACAGAACGCCAGCAGCUUUGACCAGGAAGGCUGGCAGAGCAUUGUGACCUACUCGCAUCAGCUGGCAUGGCUGGCCCGCAAUGCCAGCCUGGGCUUCCGGGACGUGGUGGUGAAUGCUGCGGAGACCAACGUAGGGGUCUGGGCCAACAAGAAGCGCAGCGUUGCUGGUGCCAUGGAGCUGAGCGACUUUGCCGUGAUUUUGGAGGACGAUAUUGUGGUGGAGCGCGACGCGCUGCGCUGGUUUGAGUGGCACGUGACCAGCGGCCUGAUAUUUGACCGCCCCGACAUCGCCCUCGCCACGUGUUGGUCCACCUCCUUCCCUUACCACCACGGCGCUGUGGAGGCCCACGAUUUGCUGAUGGUGCAGCAGCUGGGCCUGCUGGACAAGUACUGGCUUUACUCUUGGGCCCAGCCGUGGGGCUGGGCGCUGUGGCGGCGCACUUGGGAUGCACUGGGCGCUGAGUGGAACGGCCGGGACAAGAAGCUGGGCCGCCAGAUCCAGGAGCGAAGCUGGGUAGGCACGAUGCCGCUGGUGGCGCGCUGCAACAACAUUGGCAGCAUGGGCUUCCACAAGAAAGGUGUCGCCAAGGGGCAUGUGCACCGCCGGGCAGUCACCUCUGGAUCCUUUGCCAGCCUGGCGCAUUGUACUUACGCCGAGCUGCCGCGCCGCAACGUCACAGGCAAGGUUGCUCUCGAGGAGCUUUACGACUUUGUGAGGCGCGGGCUGGGUGGCAACGACGUUCGGUAUGCCAAUGCUUCCUUUGAGGAGCACCUGCUGGCAGCCUCAGAAUUCCUGCGCAAGCAGCCUGCCCCAUGGCACUCUACCUGUUGA